AUGAGUAGUAGGACACCGGGGAAAGGCUUAGAAAAGGGCAAGGCACCCGCAGUUCCUAAGCCAAGCUCAAGUGUCAUUCUGAUAUCCCCUGAAAAUCAAGCAUUGCUUCUUCAUCGAGUGAAAACUUCAUCUUCGUUCCCAAGCGCCCAUGUGUUUCCAGGCGGUAAUGUCGACAUGAAGCACGACGGCCCUAUUCCUGAUCCUCAAGAUCCGAAGAGGCAUGAAGAUGGGCCUGCGUACAGGAUGGCUGCGAUACGUGAGACCUUUGAGGAAAGUGGAAUACUGCUGGCAACAUCCCCGAAGACGGGGAAGUUGGUAGAGAUAUCGGACGAGGAGCGUGAACACGGUCGAAAGGCCAUACAUUCGGGAGAGAUUAUGUUUCAAGACUGGCUGGCAUCGAAAGACGCUAUUCCCGACACAGCCCUAGAUGCUCUCAUUCCAUUCACUCGCUGGGUCACUCCCACCAACGUUCCGAAGCGAUUCACUACACAGAUGUAUAUCUACUUCCUACCUCUGUCCAAUACCUCAAGGGAUGCUGGAGCCUCAGCCACAGCCUCUUUGGAAGGCGAGAAAGAGGUAGUAAUACCCGUGCCAACUCCUGAUGGAGGCGUAGAACAUACAGCAGCGCGAUUCUUACCGCCCUGGAAAUGGUUGUCCCUGGCUCGCCAAAAUCGUAUCAUACUGUUUCCUCCUCAAUUUUUCCUUCUGUCACUCGCCGGGCAGUACCUAUCACCAGAAGGUGCGCAAAAAUCUACAGAGGUAUUCCAGAAAGAGCGGAAGGCCUUGAUAGAGUUCAUCAACGAUCCAAAUACUGUGCCGUCAUGGGGCGACAAGUGCAUGUCGCCGUUGUUCUUGCUUAAACGUAAGAGCGAUGGUCGAACGGUGCUGGGACUCAACAAACCUGGUAUAGAGGCUGAGCAGUUUAACAGAACCGGAGACGAUGAGCGCGUUGUGUUUGUCAACUUUAAGAAAGAAGGUCCACGCGAUGUAGAAGUCGCUUGGAAGAAGGAUGUAUACAGAGAAGAGAGAGCUCACGGCGAGAAAGAGAAGCUGUGA